UGCCUGACCUUCGUGGUGGCCCUGCCUGUUGUGGGUGUUUGCAUGCUGAACUGCUACCUGAAAGGGAAGAAGCACGAGAGACCCGAGUUUAUUCCUUACACUCACCUCCGGAUCCAGACCAAGCCUUUCCCCUGGGAUGACGGGAAGAAAACUCUGUUCCACAACCCCCAUGUUAAUCCUCUCCCAACCGGUUAUGAAGAUUAA